AUGUUUAUGCUCAAGUGCCACAGCAAGCCACAGUUGGGGUUUAGCCUAAUGUCAACCCAUGCCGUGGAUCACCCCUCCAGACUGCACCCCACCAAGAAAUCUUUCCUCUUGCCAGAUCAACAAACAUUUCUGUUUCCACACAAAGAUCGGUUGGAAUUUCAAACAGUUCCUGUCAGAGAAGUUGUAAAUCCAUCCCAGUACUUAAUAAUGUCUUCUCAAGACGGCCCAUUAUAUCUCGGUUUCGACCUCUCCACACAACAACUAAAAGCAAUUGUCAUAACAUCGGAAUUGAAAGUCCUGUAUGAAGCCAAAACAGACUUCGAUGCCGACCUCUCAAAAUAUGGCAUCAAGAAAGGCGUACACGUCAAUGAAGCCGAGCGAGAAGUCUACGCUCCUGUGGCCAUGUGGCUGGAAGCCGUGGACUUGGUCUUGCAGCGAUUGAAAGAGAAAGGGACGCCUUUUCAACGGAUCAAGGGUAUUUCUGGUGCUGGUCAACAGCACGGGAGUGUGUAUUGGAGUAAGAUUGCUGAGCAGUCACUGGCGACGCUGGAUCCGAAGGGAACUUUGGUUGAUCAGCUGUCCAAGACUGCGUUCGCUCAUCCUUUCAGUCCGAAUUGGCAGGAUGGGAGCACGCAGAAGGAAUGUGAUAAGUUUGAUGCGGAAUUUGGCUCUGCUGAAAGGCUUGCAGAAGUCACGGGAAGUAAGGCUCAUCAUCGUUUUACUGGCCCUCAAAUCAUGCGUAUGCACAAGAACCACCCAGAGGUCUAUCGUGCAACAUCACGGAUAACUCUCGUCUCCUCAUUUCUUGCUUCUGUCUUCCUAGGCAAAAUAGCUCCAUUCGAUGUCUCCGAUGUGUGCGGCAUGAAUCUUUGGGAUAUCAAAGCUGGAUCCUGGAGCGAGCCACUACUCAAACUCGCUGCCGGAGAAGAUGGCCUCGACUCCCUCAAGCAGAAACUAGGAGACGUCCGCGAAGACGGAGGUGGCAGCAUGGGCUCCAUCUCCUCCUACUUCGUCCAACGCUACAACUUCCCCUCCGACUGCGGCAUCGCCCCUUUCACAGGCGACAAUCCCUCCACUAUCCUCGCGCUCCCCCUCCGCCCCCUCGACGCCAUCGUUUCGCUCGGCACAUCCACCACCUUCCUCAUGUCCACACCAAAAUACGUCCCCGAUCCAGCAUACCACUUCUUCAACCACCCCACCACAGCCGGCUUGUACAUGUUCAUGCUCUGCUACAAGAACGGCGGCCUAGCACGUGAGAAGAUCCGAGACGCACUUCCUAAAUCCUCAACAGCCGACAGCUGGUCAACAUUCAACAAAGUCGCCCUCGACACACCCCCACUGGGACAAUCAUCCCCUUCAGAAAAAGCAAAACUAGGUCUCUAUUUCCCCCUCCCCGAAAUCGUACCCAACGUCCGCGCCGGAACAUGGCGCUACACAUGUUCCAGCUCCGGCACCGACCUCCAAGAAUCUCCCGACUGGGGCCACGAAGCCGACACGCGCGCCAUCGUGGAAUCCCAAAUCCUCUCCCUCCGUCUCCGCUCCCAGAAACUAGUCCACAGUCCCGCCGCUGGGCUCCCUCCCCAGCCAGGCAGGAUAUAUCUCGUUGGAGGCGGCUCGCUUAACCCCGCUAUUGCGCGCAUCAUUGGUGAUGUGCUGGGUGGGGCGGAGGGAGUGUGGAAGUUGGAUGUUGGUGGGAAUGCGUGUGCGUUGGGGGGUGCGUAUAAAGCUGUUUGGGCAAUUGAGAGGAAGGAGGGAGAGAGCUUUGAGGAGUUGAUUGGGGGGAGGUGGAGGGAGAGUGAGGCUGUUGAGAAGGUGGAUAUUGGGUAUAGGGGGGAUGUUUGGGGGAGGUAUGGGGAUGUUUUGGGGACGUUUGAGGAGAUGGAGGGGAAGGUUUUGGAGGGGGAGGAGAGGAAUAAGUAG